AUGAAGAAAAAAGACUUUGAGACUUUGAGACUGGUGGAAGAGAUCCUAUCUGAAUUCCAGCUACGGGAAGAAGAUUUGAAGAAGGUGAUGCGUCGGAUGCAGAAGGAAAUGGACCGAGGCUUAAAACUGGAGACGCAUGAGAAGGCCUCAGUGAAGAUGCUUCCCACAUAUGUACGGUCCACACCAGAAGGAUCAGAAGUUGGAGAUUUCCUGUCUUUGGAUCUUGGAGGUACCAAUUUCCGAGUGAUGCUGGUCAAAGUGGGAGAUGAUGAGGAAGGGCAAUGGAAGGUGAAGACAAAACAUCAAAUGUACUCCAUUCCAGAAGAUGCCAUGACAGGAACUGCUGAAAUGCUCUUUGAUUAUAUUUCGGAAUGCAUCUCCGACUUCCUGGGCAAACAUCAAAUGAAGCACAAAAAGCUGCCUCUGGGCUUUACAUUUUCCUUCCCUGUUCGACAUGAAGAUAUUGACAAGGGCAUUUUGUUGAACUGGACAAAAGGCUUCAAAGCAUCUGGAGCUGAAGGGAACAACAUUGUGGAGCUUUUGAGAGACGCUAUCAAGCGAAGAGGGGAUUUUGAGAUGGAUGUCGUUGCAAUGGUCAAUGACACAGUAGCAACAAUGAUCUCCUGCUAUUAUGAGGAUCACAGAUGUGAAGUUGGCAUGAUUGUGGGCACAGGAUGCAAUGCUUGCUACAUGGAGGAGAUGGAGAAUGUGGAACUGGUAGAAGGCAAUGAGGGACGAAUGUGUGUGAACACCGAAUGGGGGGCUUUCGGAGAGUCGGGAGAAUUGGACGAAUUCCUCUUGGAGUACGAUCGUGUGGUGGAUGAAACCUCAUUUAACCCCGGUCAGCAGCUAUUUGAGAAGAUCAUAGGGGGGAAGUACAUAGGAGAGAUUGUACGACUGGUGCUGCUAAAACUGGUCAAUGAAAACCUGCUCUUCAAUGGAGAUGCUUCAGAAAAGCUGAAGACCAGGGGAUCGUUUGAAAGUCGUUUUAUCUCUCAAAUUGAAAGUGAUGCCGGUGACUGCAAGCAGAUUUACAACAUUCUAACCUCUUUUGAGCUGUUGCCCUCUGCAAUGGACUGUGACAUUGUCCGGAUGGUCUGUGAGAGUGUCUCCACACGGGCUGCCCAGAUGUGCUCAGCUGGGCUGGCUGGAGUCAUCAAUCGCAUGAGGGACAGCAGGAACGAGGAGAGGCUGAACAUUACAGUGGGCGUUGAUGGCUCAGUCUAUAAGCACCACCCCAGUUUCAAAAAGCGUUUCCAUGCAUCAGUCAGGCAACUCACUCCGGGCUGUGACAUCACCUUCCUGCAAUCAGAAGAAGGCAGUGGCCGAGGAGCCGCUCUCAUUUCUGCUGUAGCAUACAAAAUGGCUUGCAUGAUUGCCCAAUGAGAUGGACCAUGGAAGGAAGGCUAUCUUCAAGGAAAGCAUCUCUUCUUUUCAGUGACCCAGGAUGUGGUGUUUGGGAUGUGCCAGGAGCAGGACCAGUAGGAGGAAAUUUUUCCUGGGGA